GGGGUGGUCUCCUCUCUUCCCCAUGUGGGGCUCCUAUGGGGCUGGGGGUCUCCUCUCUUCCCCAUAUGGGGCUCCUAUGGGGCUGAGGGGUCUCCUCUGUCCCCUGUGGAGGUGUCAGGAGGGGCUGGGGGGCUCCUCUGACCCCCAUGUGAGCUGGAGGGGACUCCUAUGAGAUUGAGGGUCUCCUGGAGGCUGAGGGGAGGGGUCCUGCCUCCUGCGGGACCCCCAUUUCCUGCAGGAAUUCCUCUCCCUGGGGACCUGGGGGGCUACUCCAUCCCUGGGGGGGGAAUUUUCCCUCUAUAAAAUAGAGAAUCGGAAGGAAAUUGGGGCAUUUUGACCUUUUUCUCCCUCUUUUUUUAGCACUCUCCCCUCCCCAAAGCAACCAUGGCCGGGGGCUGAGAGCGUCUCACGAAAGAGCGGACAGACGGACGCAGCCACUGCCGUGGCCUGACCGCGACGAAGCUCUGAUGGCAGAGAAAGCCCCAACCUCAUUCCCCAUUCCCGAGGGAUUCCCGUGCGGCUUCGGAAAACAGGGGGGAGGGGGGAACCCCCCGUGACCCCCCUCCCCCUGGCGCCAGGCCCAACCAGCUUUCCUGCUGCCAGAUGAGCUUUGGGGCCGGGAAAGGGGAACUCUCGCCCAUACCGGCACUUUCCGCCUUCCCCUCCUGGGGGGGAACUGUGGCUUCAGCCCUUUCCCUCCCGUUUUGCACCCCCUUUUUUUUUUUCUUUCCUUUUUUUCCUUUGAAAUCCUCCUUUUCCGGGUAUUUUUUACCUUUUAAUUCCCUUUUUCCGCACGCCAGCGUGGCCUGUGGCGGCGUUAACCCUUGAGCUGCUCUCCAGUGCCAGAGUUAAGCAAUCGCUUUCUCUUCUCUCCCCCCCCUUUAUUUUCUCCGUUGCUUUUUUUUCCCUCUUCCUUAUUUUUUUACUUCUUUUUUUUUCCCUUAAUUCCCUUUUUCUCCUCCUCCUCCCUUUUCCUGCCCUCGACGACUUCUUCCCUCCCCUGGCAGGAGUCGGGCCAGGCUCCGGAUCCAUGGCAUGGGAUUGAGCGGUGAAGGAUGCUGAAGAAGAGCAGCUGGGUGGUGUGGGGGGCGGUGCUCUUCAUCGCCUGGAACGGCCUCCUCCUCCUCUUCCUCUGGAGCCGCCCACCCUCGCCGGCCUCCUCCUCCUCCUCCUCCUCUUCUUCCGAAGGUGAUCGCUUGACAGCCGAGGUGAUCCGUUUGGCUCAAGAUGCCGAAACCGAACUGGAACGCCAAAAAGAACUCCUCCAGCAAAUCCACCGCUACAGUGGGCUGUGGGGCAGGCGGCGCGGGGCUCUGAUCCCACCUCGCCCCCCUCCACCGCCACCCUCGCCGGCUCCGCCGAGCCUCGCCGGCCCCUCCGCCACUGUUAUACCGGUGUUGGUGAUGGCAUGCGACCGCAGCACCGUUCGGCGCUGCCUGGAUAAACUCCUCCGCUAUCGCCCUUCGGCUCAACAAUUCCCUGUCAUCGUCAGCCAGGAUUGUGGCCAUGCCGAAACCGCUCGCGUUAUCGCCUCUUACGGCGAUGCCGUGGCUCACAUCCGUCAGCCCGACCUCAGCGACAUCCCGGUGCCGGCAGAACACCGCAAAUUCCAAGGUUACUACAAAAUUGCUCGGCAUUAUCGCUGGGCGUUGGGCCAGGUUUUCCGCACCUUCCGCUACCGCGCCACCAUCGUGGUCGAGGACGAUUUAGAAGUGGCUCCGGAUUUCUUCGAGUACUUCCAAGCGACGUUCCCGCUCCUCCUCGCCGACCGCAGCCUCUGGUGCGUCUCCGCUUGGAAUGACAACGGCAAAGAGCAAAUGGUCGACGUAGGACAAGCCGAAUUGCUUUACCGCACCGAUUUCUUUCCCGGAUUGGGUUGGUUGCUUUUAGCCGAACUUUGGGAUGAACUCGAACCCAAAUGGCCGCGAGCUUUUUGGGAUGAUUGGAUGCGUCAACCGGAACAACGCCGCGAGCGUUCCUGCAUCCGCCCCGAGGUCUCCCGGACGAUGACGUUCGGUCGCAAAGGCGUGAGCCACGGCCAGUUUUUUGAUCAGUAUUUAAAGUUUAUCAAACUCAACGACCAUUUCGUGCCUUUUACCCAACUCGAUCUUUCUUACCUCAAAAAGGAAGAGUACGAACGUUCUUUCCUCCCCAAGGUUUACUCCGCGCCAGAGCUGCGGGUGGAGGACCUGCAGGGCAACCGCCGGCGGGACUUGGGUGCCGUCCGCCUCCAAUACAGCGGCCGCGAUGCCUUCAAAGCCUUCGCCAAAGCCUUGGGGCUGAUGGACGACCUCAAAUCCGGCGUCCCCCGCGCCGGCUACCGCGGCAUCGUCAGCUUCGUUUACCGUGGACGACGCGUCUACCUGGCGCCGCCCUCAGACUGGACCGGAUACGAUCCCACGUGGAGUUAGCGGCUGCCCUCCUCCUGCUCAAAAUGAGGGUUUUUUGGGGGGUGUUUUCCCCUUUUUUUUUUCAUCUUUUAAGUGGGUUUUUUUUUUCCUUGGCGUGGCUUUAACCGGGCGCGUUUUGCCACGAGGCACUGGGGGAAACCCGGGACAGAGGCGGCUCCUGACGGGGAGAAGAUUUUCCACAAUAAAAGGUGAAAAAACCCCUCCGAAUCCCCCCCAAAUUUCCAUGUCUUCCUGCUGCUCGGCUCCUCCAUGCAGCCUGGGCCUUAGAGUGCGCUAGAGUGGUCUGUAUGGACCGGUGGGGGUCUGUAUCUGUCUAUAGGGGCCUCUAUGGGCCUAUAGGGACCUGUAUGGACCUGCGUGGUGUAU